AACAAAAAUCAACGGUCAUGCUUCGUCAAAAUAUAUGCAACAAAUUACAUGCACAAUCUUAGGGGUUAAGCUCUAUGAUUUAGAUAACUAAGACCUAGGGUUCACUCAUCAAGAAUUAGGGUAUAGUAUCAUGCUUAGAUAUUGACAAUAUAUGUGGCAUUACACCAACAAAAUGAAGGUAUUAGUAUAAGUUUAAGCAUAUGCAUAUUUGAUAAGUUAGAAAAUUAUACACCAAUGGACCAUGUUAAGAUUAGAACCCUCGACAGUGUGUGAGUAUCUUGGACUGAGAUUCUAAACCAACAUCUAAACAACGAUCAUUAGUUGAGGGUGAGUCUAAAUUAAACUUCAGGAAUUAACAGUUGGUACAUAUUGUAUAAGAUAUUAUAUUGAGUGUCUUGAUCGACAAAUAUGAUCUUACAAUAAGACAAUAAACUUUCAAUUGGGAUGACCAAAUUUACCUAAUAUUGAAGUACCUUUAUAAAAACAUUCUAACUAAGUUGUCGUCAUCUGAGCAACAUCAUUGGUUGAGAGUUUGUUUAAACUCGAGAUUCAUUGAAUGGCAUAUAUUGUAUAAGAUAAAAAAUUUUGAGUAUCGUUGUUUUAAUUUAGUUGUUUUAAUUUAUAGACGCACCACAUACUCACGCAUUUGAGUAUCGUGAUAUAUCUUUGUGACAUGAUUUAUGAUCAGAGAAUUGAAACAUCAUAAGUGAAUGUGCUAAGCAUUGAGAAUUUUUAAUUUACAGACGCACUGCAUACUCACGCAUGAAUGCAAAUGUAAAAAAUGUAGAAGAUCCAAAAUAGUUUAAACAUAUAGAUAAAUUGAUUAAUAUAAAUGAUAAAAUGAAACUCACCGGCCAACGGGCCGGGUAAAAAGCUAGUUGAGAAUAUAUGUGAUCAAUAUCUCUGUUCUAUUACUAAUGAUUAUGUCUUGUGACUCUAGGCACGAAGCACGGGCUUCCUCCCUAAUAUUAAUUAAUUACAAUGAAACAACAACUAACAUGCUGAAACAAUUAUAAUGAAACAACAACUAACCUACGCGUUCUGCUUUUGCCUCCCCUAUUUGACAAUGUUGCUUUUGCCUCCCAUUAGGCUAACCACAACCCGAGGGACAAAAAUUGGAGGUUUUAAGGCUAUUUUAGCCUUUUAGCCCCCUCGAAAACAGAAACAGCUGCAACCCGGAUGGCUAAAAAUUUAUGUUUCGUAUUUAGUAAUCAUAACUUAUGAAUAGUUAAAAUUAUGUUUUUUACUUUAAAAUUUAUAUAUUCAUUCACAAUAAUUAAAUACGAACAUCCCGAUAAAAUUUGAAAUAUUCUGAGAUACUUUGUUUUUAGUUGAAAUGGAAGAAAGUUACACCGAAAUUAACUUCGUUCAUCAAAAUUACCAAGAUUUUGAACGAUUUCGGAGAUACCUUUUUUUUAGUUGAAAUGGAAGAACGUUCGAAAUUUUAAAUAUUUUUUUUUCAAAUAACAAUCAAAUGGUUGAAAGUUACAACGAUAGGAACUUCGUUAGUUAAAAACACUCACAACAACACAAGUAUAUUCAAUUUAAGUAAAACAAAGAAAAGUUAAAAUAAUAAUCGGUUCGUGCGUAGGCCCCUCACCCCUUUCCUCUGGCGCUCUGUGCCUACUGCUCUCUUAAUUUUUCUCCUCUCCGGCAACACAGCGUGUCUGAUCAUCUUCCUGCAUGGAGAAUCUUUCUAUAAUGUCAUCACUCAUCACUCCAACCUUCCAGCCCCACCUUCCAGCCCCGGCCAGUUCCUUUCUAUUCGGCCAGUUCUUUUCUAUUCGGUCCAACCUCUCCUCACCGGCGUUGAUCCUCGAUCAGUUUAGUCAGUCGAUCAUCAUGAGAACCGGCACGGCUAACUUCAUCGACAUCCUGCUGGCCAUCCUCUUGCCUCCUCUCGGCGUCUUCCUCAAGUUUGGCUGUCAGGUGGAGUUCUGGAUCUGUUUGGUGCUCACCCUCUUCGGCUACAUCCCGGGGAUCAUCUAUGCCAUCACCAAGUGAUUCCGUUCAUCUCUGUCUCCGGCCGGUCAGGUUACGUACAUUCAGAUGUGGUGGUGAUUGGAGCUCUGGGGUUCCAGGCUCUCCUCCGGCCGCCGCCUUCAAAUUUCGCCUUGUCUCCGAAUUUAGUUCCGAGGCGAGACAUACGGCGCCAUGUAAGCAAAUUUUCUUUUUAAUUUAAAUUCCUUCCUCCGGUGAUGUCUCAGUUAUUGACUUACGAGGUAAGUUUUGGAAUCUUAUUUACUAAUUUUUUAUUUUCUUAAUUAUUGCUGAUUACAAGAGAAUUAUUUAAUUGGCUUUGCUUCUCGGGUAUUUACUUCCCCUUUAAUAUGCUUUAUUAUUAUCAUUAUUGUUUAGCUAUUAAAUGUCCAUCUUUAGUGGUCUCAUUUACUCUUACUCUUAAUUUAUGUUAAAUAGAAAUUUUAUUUCAUUAUCUUUGGUAAUUCACUUUUAAGAAUGUUGUAUAUUGGGUGAUUCGGAUCCAUCUUCAAAUGUAGAGCUAUUAUACUUCUUUUUAUCAAUUAUACAAUUGAUGUUAUCCAUUCGGUUAUGUCGCAUGUGCCUAAAGGGCAUUCCUUAAUCUCUUGAGAUAGAGAUCUUUAGCAUCGCAGUGGAUGCCUUUUUGGGGUUAGAUAUAACAUGCCCUAGCAAAAGUAUAUUGAUCUGGGUUGAUUGGGUCACAAAGAAUCUUCACGGAUGUGCAAACUGACUUUGCCAGAUUUUCAGGUGAUGGCACUGUCUCAUUUGCUUUUGGUAAAAUUUAUUAUGCUAUUACUAUGAGAAAGUGUCUUACUCAUAAUGUUUGGUUGUUACCUCUCGAUGAUAUUCUCAACCGGUCAUUAGGAUGCUACAUCGAGGAAGUCUUCCCAUUCUAAAGUCAGAGAUAUUUUAAGGGAAGUUCUCUCUCUCUCUUCUCGAGUCCCUAUGUCAGUUUCGCGUCUUUGCUCCUCGGGGCUUUCAUAGAGCUGCCCACCUCAUGGCAAAAAAGGCUCCUUUAUCAGGAGUCUGGUUGCAUACGGGUUACCGUUCUUUAUUAUUGUUGUUAUCAGUUUUAUAUAUUUGUUGUUCGGCCAUGCCCUGGGGGCUUAUCUUGGAUAAAAAAAAGUUAAAAUAAUCCCCACCAUUUGAGCUCUCACCAUUUUAGCCCCCCUCAUAAAACCCUCCCAAAUAAGAGCUAAAAUAGCCCCCUAAAAUCUCCUAUAGCCUUUUACCCCUCAAAUUUGCCCCAUGAUUAAAGAUGCUUUAUUGGG